CCUGUGUUGAGUUGAGUGUCAGCUCGGUUCCGUCCUCCAGCGCACGCCCUGAUUACAACCGGUCUACGGGAAGGGCGACAACGGGUGGGAAACACGGAGGUCCACGGCAUCUGAAAGCACACACAGGAAGAGAUGGCAGCCAUCAGGAAGAAGUUGGUGAUAGUUGGGGAUGGUGCAUGUGGGAAGACCUGUCUGCUCAUCGUCUUCAGCAAGGACCAGUUCCCAGAGGUCUAUGUCCCCACAGUGUUUGAGAACUACAUCGCUGACAUUGAAGUCGAUGGCAAACAGGUGGAGUUGGCCCUGUGGGACACAGCAGGUCAGGAGGACUACGACAGGCUGAGGCCUCUCUCUUACCCGGACACAGACGUCAUCCUCAUGUGCUUUUCCAUAGAUAGCCCCGACAGUUUAGAGAACAUUCCUGAGAAAUGGACGCCUGAAGUGAAACACUUUUGUCCUAACGUUCCAAUCAUUCUCGUUGGAAACAAGAAGGACUUGAGGAAUGAUGAACACACACGCAGGGAGCUGGCAAAGAUGAAGCAGGAGCCGGUGAAGUCAGAGGAAGGCAGAGACAUGGCCAACCGCAUCAGUGCCUUUGGCUACCUGGAGUGCUCUGCCAAGACCAAGGACGGCGUGCGGGAGGUGUUCGAAAUGGCCACCAGGGCGGCGCUGCAGGUCCGCAAGCGCAAGAAGAGGGGCGGCUGCCAGCUACUGUGAGGGGCCGGACUCCCACUCGGCACCUUUUUCCAAGCAGGGCAAAGCAUAGAGAAAUCAAUGGCUUCUGUGGACUUGACUUAACUUCACAGAUGGAGAUAUCCCACAGGCGGAUAUGAAAGACUGACACCUGUUCAAAACAAAACAAAUGGGCCCUUUUUUUAAAAAAAACUCUUCUUUCCUCUUCUGCUUUUCUCACUCUUUUGGGUUUUGUUUGUGUUUUUACCGUUUGUUUUCAUCCACCAGCGUACCAGUGUGUUUGUGAAGGACCAUUCCCUUCCUCUUCCUCCUAUAUGUAUGAAUGUAUGUUUGUAUUUAUAUGUGCAUAUACUUUACAAAUAUCAUGCAUCUGCCUCUGUGUUAUUAUUGUUUACAAAAAAAAGGCUCUAAAAUCUGGCCUGCUCUCCGACGUAGACAGAUUUUACACUUUCAAACACUGAACCUUCGCUUCUUCUCUUCACAUCGCAUCUAUCAUCAGCUUCAAGCACCAUUAUUCUGCUUUCUCCUCAUACCACUAUUAAUUUUUACACACUGAAAGGUUUUAUUUUAUCACAUGCCGAGUCAGCAGAGCUCAGUUUUUUUUUUUUUUUUCCCAGCUUUCUGUUCCGGUAUAAAGGACUAAAUUUAGAGCCUGUUCACACUGCAUGAAUCCACUGAAACCUACAUAAACUGAAGCAGCAGCAGUCAGAGGUUGUGGACCACACCUUGCUCUGUCUCUUCCAUGGCGAGAGCUUAAACUGGCACUGGAGACACUGGUCUAUUGUCAUGGACACAAUGCUCCCAGUCACGCUCACACUGGCUUUGACAGACUGUUGCCACUGCUCAGACCUCACCCACACCCUCCCUAAACCAGCCCCCCCCCCACCCUCACCCCCCUCCUCCUGUCCUGUCUGAAUACUGUACUGUACUGUUGUCACAUCCAGGACACCGUCAUGAUGGACUGGAUGUUUGAGUGCACGCUGUCAUCUACACGUCUCUGGAUUCAACACAUCAGGGCUCCCACUCUAUUAAUAAUCCCUAUUAUUCUAUAUAUGAGCGCCUAAUCAAAUAAACCCAUACUCCUGCUUAAUUAACUCAUUACCAGUGUGCCAUCUCCUCACAUUCACUAGACUUUCCUCAGUCAUAGCCCUUUAUCUGACACUACAGAACGUCCACAUGCACAUUGUCCAAUACUCACUACCCGUAAACGUCACUGAAAUUAUCUCCAAAUACUCCCGUGUGGUCGAGUUCUUUAUAUCUCAGAAUAACGAAUCGUGUGUUUGCGCUGAAACGUGGCAACUUUUGAUUUCUUAAGGGACUAGAACCCACAGUAUAAAAACCAGCUCAUGUUAUUAAAAGUAGAAUUGUAAAGUAGUUGAAAUCAUAUUUACAGAUCUUGGAUUUUAGACGUGUUUCUGAGACUGUCAGUGCAAUUAUAACAGCCUUUUUCUUUUUACUUCAGUUUGAUCUAUUUGAUUUAAAGUGGGCCUUGGCUAAUUCCUGGACAGUGCCUGUAUGUCUGUAAUGUCAAAAACUAUUCUUCAGGAAAAAAAAAAAGACAGUAAAUCGGGGAUGGGAUGUGUUGAAUGUCUAUGAGAAUGAGACAAACAUGUUAAUAAAGUAUUUUUGAAAUACUAAA